AUGUCUACGUUUUUGAAAAAUAAUAUUAAGGAAGAGAUUCAUGAAGAUGAUAAUUUUGAUAGCCAAGAAAUUAAAGGAAAAAUUGUAGAUUAUCAGUUUUUGGUAAGGCCCAAACAAGAACCUAUCGAUACAAAACCAAAUCCAGCUCCAUUAGAAUUUGUAGGUGAAGUCAUAGAUGCUUACGAGAAUGAAUCUGAAGAAAAUAAUCAUGUUACAAGGAAAAUUAGACCUACUAAGGAGACUAAGGAGAUCAAAGUAUUUUUUUGUAAACAUUGUGACUUCAAGACUACGUAUAAAACGAAUUUUACAAGACACAGAUAUUACCAACACCAAGAAGGUAAACCUAUUAGGGUUUUUGUUUGUCAAUAUUGUCAUUUCAAGACUCACAAUAGAAAUUCUUUUAAAAGACACACCAAUGUUCAUCAGACUUCUAAAGAAAACUUGCCACAUGGGUGCACACUAUGCGAAUUUAAAUGUCUUGAUAAGUCAUAUAUUGCAAAGCAUAUGAUACGAAUGCACACAGAACAAGAUAGAACAUUUUUUUGCAAUAUUUGUGGUCAUGCAUAUUUUUCUUUAAGUACUCUUACAAAGCAUCGUUUUAUUACACACACUGCGAAAAGGAAAUUUGAUUGUGAUCUGUGUCAUUACAAGGCCACUUCAAAUAGUAAACUGAAUGAUCAUAAGGAAUAUGUUCAUUUCGAAAAACGCAGGGUUUACAAACAAGUUGUCUGCGACAUGUGUGGUAAAAAAUUAUCUAGUAUACCCAAUUUAAAUAUUCAUUUAUUGCGUAUACAUAAAGUGGAUGUCGAAGUUAAAACAUACAUUUGCUACACUUGUGGAAAAAAAUACUUUAAAAGAUACAGUUUUACGCAACACGUUCUCCAACAUUCAAAGCAUGAAAAAAUGUUUUGCGCCAAUUGUGAUUAUUCAACUUUCAAUAAAUCAAACCUUACACAACAUAUGGUGAAACACAGUAAGCACAUCAAAAUGCAUAAAUGCAACAUAUGUUCGUUUGAAACAAAAAGACCUCACACCUUAAGACACCAUAUUAAAACGCAUCUUAAUAAGCCAUAG